AUGCCUCUCACAGCAUCCGAUGAGGAUGCCGCAACGCUUUCCUCCCAAGAGCAAUCUUCGUCCAUCUGGAAACGUUUCAGCGCCCGUGUUAGUGGUGCCUUUAGUGGCGCAGACCCCCGGGUCUGCGUCGCUUUCUGGCUCUUCGGCCUUAUCAACAAUGUCCUAUAUGUGAUUAUUCUCUCCGCAGCUGUAGAUCUAGUCGGACCCGAUGUACCCAAAGGCGUCGUUCUCCUCGCAGACGUGGUGCCGUCAUUCGCGACCAAACUCAUUGCCCCGUACUUCAUCCACCUGGUCCCAUAUUGGAUGCGUAUCCUCAUCUUCACCUUCCUGUCAUCUGCGGGCAUGCUGGUCGUUGCUAUGAGUCCAGGUUAUACAGAUGGGGGAACAAUAUCCUCCAAGAUCGCAGGAAUCGUCCUGGCGAGCUUUUCUUCCGGUGGCGGGGAGUUGAGCUUUGUGGGUCUCACGCACUUCUAUGGGCAGUUCAGUCUGGCUGCGUGGGGGAGUGGUACUGGCGCCGCUGGGCUGGUUGGAGCUGGUGCUUACGCCCUUGCGACUUCGGCCCUGGGUUUCUCUGUUCAUAUGACGUUGUUGGUUUCGGCUUGCUUGCCAGCUGUUAUGAUUUUGAGCUUUUUUGUCGUGCUACCCAUGUCCCCCCUGAGAACCGCCGAAUCCGGUGCCGAUAGAUAUCGCGUCGUUGAGGGUGGGGGCCAGAUAGAGGAAGAUGAAAUGGAUGAUGGUGCUGGCGGAGAAAACGAGGGGCUCUUGGGAGUGUCACACAAUUCCCCUGCCCACAAGUCUAUCCAUGUUCCCUGGAAGGACCAGGUGCGCAUUGAUCUACAUCGCGUUAAGGAACUCUUCAUUCCUUUCAUGGUCCCGAUGCUGCUGGUCUACAUCGCCGAGUACGUGAUCAACCAAGGUGUCGCUCCAACCCUGCUUUUCCCACUGAGUGAAUCACCAUUUGAGCACUUCCGCUCGUUCUAUCCCACCUAUAAUGCCAUCUACCAGAUUGGCGUCUUUAUAUCCCGGUCCUCGACCCCAUUCUACCGGAUCCACAAUCUGUACCUGCCGUCGCUCCUACAGGUGGUCAACCUUGCGUUGCUGAGCCUCCAUGCUAUAUUUAAUUUUAUCCCUAGUGUAUGGCUUGUGUUCAUGAUUGUUUUCUGGGAGGGACUCCUUGGUGGGGUAGUAUAUGUCAAUACCUUUGCUGAGAUUGCCGAUCGUGUUCCUAAGGAGGACCGUGAGUUCUCAUUGGGGGCUACCACUGUCAGUGACUCGGGUGGUAUUUGUAUUGCGGGCUUCCUCAGUAUGGGGUGGGAGGUUUGGUUGUGCAGUUGGCAGGUUGCACAUGGGCGUGAUUAUUGCCGACAAAAGACAUAG